GUAGUUAAACAAGGUUCAUAUCACUUUCUCUCACCCGUCAUUGGUAAAUGGUAAUAAAAGACCGUUCAAAUCCAAUCUAUAUCUCCUUGUUCCAAACCGUACACAUUCUUCUCAGUCCUUUGCAUAAUCUUUCUUCUUCAUCGAUUGUGUGCAUCGUCAAGUUUGAGUUUCAUUCUCUGAUUGUGUUUGAACGAUUGCUAGCUUUUGAGAAGAGCAAUGAGUUAUUCUGCAUCCGGACAUGGGAAUAAUAGCUCAGGUAAGAGGAGAAUAAGAGAUCUUUUAACUCAGUCUGAUAACCGAAUCUGCGCUGAUUGUGGCGCUCCAGAUCCUAACUGGGCGUCAGCUAAUAUCGGAGUGUUCAUAUGCUUAAAAUGUUGUGGUGUGCACAGAAGCCUUGGCACUCAUAUCUCAAAGGUCUUGUCUGUGACAUUGGAUGAAUGGUCAGAUGAUGAAGUGGAUUCAAUGAUUGAAAUUGGAGGAAAUGCCUCUGCCAAUUCAAUAUACGAGGCAUUUAUACCUGAUGGUGUCUCUAAGCCUGGACCUGAUGCGAGCCAUGACCAACGUAUGCGGUUUAUCAGGUCAAAAUAUGAGCACCAAGAGUAUCUUAAACCAAGCUUGAGGAUCACAUCCGUGAAGGGUCCAAAUUCAUCAUCAUCACAACAGCCGCAUCUUGAAGGCAUGGUUGAGUUCAUUGGAUUGUUGAAGGUGACUCUUAAAAAAGGAACCAAUCUAGCUGUCCGAGAUAUGAGGACAAGCGAUGCUUAUGUUGUCUUGACUCUCGGACAACAGACUGCACAAUCUACUGUAAUGAAGAGCAACUUAAACCCGGUCUGGAACGAGGAACUCAUGCUAUAUGUCCCUCAUGACUAUGGCUCAGUGAAAUUGCAAGUGUUUGAUUAUGACACAUUUUCUGCUGAUGACAUAAUGGGAGAAGCUGGGAUUGAUAUCCAACCUCUGAUUACAUCUGUAAUGGCUUUUGGAGACCCUGAAAUGUUUGGAGAUAUGCAGAUUGGUAAAUGGCUUAAAUCGUGCGACAAUGCUCUUAUAGAGGACAGCAUCAUCAACAUUGUAGAUGGGAAAGUGAAACAAGAGGUUCACAUCCAGCUUCAGAAUGUUGAGUCUGGUGAAUUAGAACUAGAACUUGAGUGGCUGCCUCUUGACCAAUAAAUAUAUAACAAGAGGCUCACUAAACAUAUGUGUUUGAGUGUCAUUGCUUUUGUGGUUUGAUUCAUUGCUUUUGUGCACAAUCCAAAUGUUUCAUUUGAAACCUAAGAUAAGACGUUUAUAAGAAGCUAAAUCAGGUUUCAACCCCAA